GGGCGGGAUGCGAGUCGGGGCGAAGGACAAGGACAAGGACAAGGAGAAGGAGAAGGAGCAGAGUAUUGAAGUCCUCCAUCUGAAAUCACAAACAUCAUCAAACCUACCAACCUACCAACCUACCAACCCAGGAAUCCUGCAACACCGCCCAUCGCCUGCCCUUGCAUCCAUACAAUGAUUCUAGAUUGACAACAAGACUGCUUGGCCUCGAGCUUGAGAUAGAACUUCACUGAAACCCCGCCCACCCUCGCCGUUCUCAACCCUUCACUCAACAAUGUCUUCAAAACUAAGCUCUGCGGCUUCACCACUAUCAAAGCCAUUGCAUGUUACCAUUCGAUUCGCAGAUUCAAUCCCGGAUCUGCUUUUGGACAUCCCCACUCAGACCAAUAUUACCGGCGUAGGAUUAAAACAUUUGGUCCGUUCAAAGCUUGAACCUCCAGCAUCACAACGUCGAUUUCGAUUUAUACACGCGGGAAAGUUUAUACGAGAUGAUGAUUUUCUGACAGCUAUACUCAAAGUUCCAACACCUCCACCCCGGGCUAUCGAUGUGAAAGGAAAAGGAAAAGAUGUAGAACUGCCACCUCCCAGGGUAUACAUCAACUGCUCAAUCAGUGAUGAUGAUCUAAGUCCUUCCGAGCUCGAAGCAGAAAUGUUAGCAGCUACUUCCGCACUCAACAAGGCAAGGAAGGAAAAAUUACCAGAUGGAGCUUCUGCGAGUCUCGGCAUAGCAACUUCAAGCACAACGGUUGCACCGCGUGGCUUCAACCGAUUCCUCUCCGCUGGCUUUUCCCCAGCUGAAGUGAACCAACUGCGACUUCAAUUCCAAUCAAUUCAAGCAAGCAUACAUACACCAGAUACCAUGCCGUCUCCUGAUACCCUGUUGCGGAUGGAAGAUUCUUGGAUAGAUAAUAAUGCAGGAAAUGGCGCAGGUGCAGUUGAGGGGGGCUUUGAUUUUGGAGACGAUGGCAUGGGUAGUGGAUUUGAUGACUUGUUAUGGGGCAACAUUAUGGGAUUUAUAUGGCCCCUUGGGUGUGUUGUAUGGAUAUUAAGAGAGCCCGGGAUACUGUCUUCAAGAAGACAAAUUGCUGUUUUCACGGGCUUCCUCUUGAGUAUUACAUUUGGGUUUCUAAAAGUUCUCUCAUGACACACUAAGAUUAUUGAGCUAGUUUCUGAAAUUGCCGGGGGAGCUUUCAUAUUGUAUCUUAACAUUUGUUGAUGCAGGAGCGCCAGGGUCUGAGUGUAGGUUUAAUGGAGUAGUGGAGGCGUUUUGAAAGAGAUGGCGAUGCUAUUUCGCCUCGAUUGUAAAAGCAGGUGCUUGCAUAUUAUGUUCCUUGCUCUGGAGGAAGAAGGGAAUCAAUGAGCUCCCGAUGGAGUGAUUGGGGCGUUUCAGGAGAAAUGAUGACAGCGACGGAAGUUCUACACGAUACCCGGCCCUCUAAAUCUUACUAACAUAGCAUUGGAGGUUAUUGGCUUGUCAUUUUCCCCAAUUCGGACUAUUUUUGCUCAACGGGCGAGGAACUGUCAAGUUGACGUACAUAUUUAAGAUCAUCAGUGCAUUCAAAUGACGCCAAACGGGUGGUCACAACAGCCCCCCCCUUAAGGCGGGAAUGUGUCUGGUCAUUAUUUACGAAUAUUUAGGUAAUUUUCCCAGCCAUUCAACUUAAUCAAAUGCACAGAAAGUUCCUCGGGGACUUUGCGUAAGCCGCCUGUCCUUUUUAUCCAAGCUGAGUAUAGUAACACGGUUUCUUUACCCGCUGUACUAAGCAGACAAUAUCACCUUUUUGCAUUGGAUGCGUUGAGCGAGCGUUGAAUUUCUCUUUUCCUCUUCAACACUUCCAUUUCUUUGCAUUAUCAUUCAAGCCCACCGCAUUCAAUGCGAGGUAUAUUAUGGCAACACCACAGCGCCAAUAUUUGAUCGCCGACCAUACAUGAUGGCUAGUUACCUUUCGCCUACCUUCGGCUACUUGCAUGUUUUGCAGCACCUGGGCGGAAUCUGGUUCAUCCGUCCAAGCAAAACGGGCCCGGCACUUUGGGACGAGUCAUAGAUAGCCAGGAAUCAUCACUGUCGUCAAACCCAAACUGUUGGAGGUUUCUUUGACUAUCGGAACAAGCUGCAAUAUGUACUGGUAUGCAAGACACGAAAGUUGUGGUAUUACAACGUUUUGCGGUGGGGAGAUGACCAGUCGACCGAGAUUAUAUUGCAUUUAUAAUAUAAACACUUUACCUUUACUC